AUGUCGUCAUAUAGUCGUAUUAAACCAUUUGACGUUACAGCGGAAGCUAGCAGUCUUCCAGCUUUGUGGGAAACGUGGAAAAGUGACUUGGAGUGUUUUUUCCUGGCACAUAAUAUCGAGGCACAGCGGGACAAACGGGCCCAGUUGGCCUACCUUGGUGGUCCGGCCCUUCAAGAACUGCUACGGCAUUUGCCUGGGACAAAUCAAGUACCUCAUGUGGCUGUCGACCCACCGUACUAUGAUGUGGCCAUCAAAUGCCUGGAUGACUAUUUUGAGCCAUUUCGCCGUAAGACGUAUGAGCGGCAUAUCUUCCAUCAGAUUGUUCAACAACCGGAAGAAAGAUUUGCGGAUUUUGUUUUGCGGUUGCGGAAGCAGAUUGCUAGAUGCAAUUACGACGCAUGUGUAACAGAUGAGUUGAUUGCCGACCGCAUCACACAAGGCUGCAAGUCACAGGAGUUAAGAACAAGACUUCUGCAGAAAGACCGGUCACUUGAAGAGAUUAUCGCGUUGGGUACAAGUUUGGCCGAAUCGCAGGACCAAUCGAAAAAAUUGUCGAAACCCAACAUCCAAAGCAGGCCGGAAUUCGAAGUGAACGCUGUUGCAAAACCACCGUUUCGUCCUUUCCAGAAACGUAGGGCAUACAUUUCUCCAGGAAACCAGAAUCGUACACAGCUUGGUCAACAGCCGAAUAAUCGCUUCACUUGCUACGGAUGUGGACGCCGUGGACACGUGCAGGGAAGCAACGAUUGCCCGGCGAAAGAAACAAAAUGCGCGGCUUGUGGAAAACAAGGACACUGGGCGAAGAGAUGUUAUGGUACAAGGCAGGGAUUCAAACGCCGGCCCAUCGACAGUAUUUCAGAACCAAAGGUCAAACGUAUCCGGGCGAUUCAGGAAGAAACCGAGGAAGGUCAAAGCACAGAUUUCGUAUUCUACGCGAUGGGUCGGAACGUUUUCACGUUCAAGGUUGGAGGAGUUGACAUACCGAUGACGAUUGAUUCUGGCGCGGAUGCCAACAUUAUAACAAGGAAUGUCUGGGACCAAAUGAAGGAGGCUGGAGUAAAGGUGAUGAAUGCCACAACUAAAAUUGACAGGUCGCUGAUCGCGUAUGGAGCCGGAGAACCAUUGAAGAUGGCGGGAAUGUUCCAAGCAGAGAUUAAGGCAGUAAACAACAAAGUCGAAGCAAAGUUUUAUGUCGUCGAAAACGGUCAGCGCUGCUUGUUGGGUGAUCGCACCGCCAAGGAUCUGCAGGUUCUCAAGGUUGGAUACGACAUUGAAGCGAUCGAAACCAAGCGCCGUAUUCCCUUUCCGAAGAUUCGGGGAGUGAAGGUUGAAAUACCUAUCAACCAAGAAGUGCAACCAGUACAACAAGCGUAUAGACGACCACCGAUUGCGAUGGAAGAAAAGAUCGAAGAGAAGUUGCGAUCACUUCUUGAGCUAGAUAUUAUCGAGCGGGCUCCAGGUCCGUCACCGUGGGUGUCGCCAGUAGUACCCGUCCUCAAGGAUUCUGGAGAAGUCCGACUGUGCAUUGACAUGCGUCGGGCCAAUCAAGCGGUGCUCCGUGAAACUCAUCCCUUACCGUUAGUGGAUGAGCUCUUGUCAUCGGUCUCCGGCGCAGUGCUCUUUUCGAAACUGGACAUUAAGGAAGCGUACCAUCAGGUCGAGUUGUCCGAAAGAUCAAGACCCAUAACGACUUUCAUCACCAAGUAUGGUCUCUACAGGUAG